UCAUGACAAACUAAUAAUAAGUUAAAUAAUAAAUAAAAAUAAAACGUGUUUUGCUCCACAAAGCUUGCAAUUCUUUUCUCACAAUUUUUAAGGCCUAAAGCCUACACACAUACACCAACUAUUGAAAAGGAAGUGCAGUCUGAAGGAGUAUGGUGGUGUACGAGUUCAGCUACUUAUUACUGGUAAUGCCAAAGUCUGCAAGAGAUAAGCAGGCUGCCAACUAUGACCUCAGACUUGACGGGGAGAUAGCAAACCACACCAGAGUUUUACAGGAGACAGAGUACGCUUCACAAGUACACAGCCGCUGGGCAAGUGUCUGAAUGUCCUCAUGAUAUUCCAUCACAGUUCUGUAACACCUCUAAAAACACGGCCAGUACAUUAACUGUAAUAUUCUCGCAUUUAUAAUACCUUCUGACGAGUCAGGUGAGUGUCUGCAAUUCGGACAGUUCGCAAACGCAAGGUUUCAGACUGAAGGCAAGCCGUCUCGAGCAUGUGUAUCCAUUCUCACAGGUAGGCGGGACCUGUGCUCCCCCAGCCAAUAGAAAUGUCCUUGGUUUAAAUGGCCUCUGUUGUCAAUCAUUGAGAGUGCGCCUUAGAUAUUUCUGCGCUGUUUCAGUGGUGGGCGGGUCUUGUGCUCACCAGCCAAUGGAAAUUAUCCUCUGUUUAAAUAGCCUAUGCUGUCAAUUUUUUUUACUCCCAGUUUACUUGCAAUCGCCAUAUUCGGUGCUCGCCUACUCGAAUGAUUAGUCUGUUUUUCUUCGGAAUUACUACGAGACGGGAUUGGAGCCGCGCGCUGUGUUGAUGAGCGCUCGCGAUCGUCGCUGUUGUCGUUCUGCAUUACAUUCACGCGCUUGUUAUGAGUGCGCCUGGUUCACUUUGCGAUUACUUGGGCGCGAUUGUGUUUAGUUAGUGCGUUCGGUUCGAUUGCAACUACGAUUCUUGGGCAGAGUUUCAUGUGAAAAAUGUCAAAAGUGCGCGUCUCGAAUGGAAGUCCGACGCUGGAGCGGGUCGAUGCGAGGCAGGCGGACCACAAGCCUCUCGUGUGCAGGAAUCUGUUCGGAUCUUUGAAUCGCGAAGAGUUCGAGAGGGAUGUUAAGGAGCAACUGCAGGAGCUAGAGAAAGCAUCCUCGGACAAAUGGAACUUCGACUUUGGCAAAAACGAGCCGCUCUCGCCGGGCAAGUACGAGUGGCAGGAGGUGGACAGCCAAGACGUGCCGGAAUUUUACAGCAGAGCACAUCGUGCCAAACGGGCUGAGACUGUGGAACAUAACCGGAAUCACGAUUAUUUGUUGACAACUCCCUCUCUGGAGAUCGGAGGGGAGGACUCUGGAAGUACAGAGCCUGGGAGUCAGUCGGAUUGCCAAACAGCACGGACCACACCGAGGAAAAGACCGUCGACGGAGGAUGAGGGUAAAUGUUUGCAAGCUCGUGACAGCCGGGCAUUACGAAUUACGUCAGCUGCCUCUCCAGAAACACUGACGAUCUUCCUUGCCAAAGUAAAAGACCCAACGUCCAUCCGACCGAAGCGAACCACUGUCCAGAUACGACAGAUUCGGGCGAGCAGGCGCCCUGCAAAUCAGACCCCAAAACGUAAACAAGGACUUUUACGCAAAGAGAUGAAGAAGCCUAUUUUCUCCAUCAAAUACUUCAAGAGCUUUAUGAAGUAAACAGGGACAUCAGUUGGUUAUAUAUAUAUAUAUAUAUAUAUAUAUAUAUAAAUAAGCCUUGGAGAGGCUGUAUAAGCACUGAAUUUUUACACUAAAGUUUUGGCACUCGAAAGAAUAUAUUUGCCUCAAAAGCAGACAAUGUAGCAGUGUGCAAUUGGAGUUGCUUCAUUUGUUGUUUUACUACCUAUGUAUAUACUUUCAUUUUAUAUGUUGCACAUUUAAAUGUAAAAUUAAGAUAAAAAAAAAAAAAACAAUCAUUUAUGAUGGCGUGCAUUUGAAUUGCUGUGCAGUAUCAAAACGUCUCCCUUCAAAAUUAUCCCUCUUUAAAAAAAGCAUAUAUGUACACACAAUUUCCUCUUAAUUAAGCUUCACAGUCCCAUUGUCUCAGUUUAAGGCUGGCUCAGGAUGUUAACAGUCAAAAAAUAGACUUUAAUGUGUAUCAGUUUAGUGCUGAACAGCAGCACAAUCUUGGCCAUUUUUAAGUUGCACAAAUAUGUCACUGUCUGAAAAGCAUGAGAGAAUUUGUCACCUCGAGUGAUCUGGCUAAAUCAAAAAAAAUAUAUUGUUUUGAAAUUUGCAUUAAAACCAUUGGGGAUGUUUAUUGGUAAUUCAUAUGACAUUCAUCUGUCAAUGUAACAGCUCAUUUGUGUUCCUCUCUGGAGGGGUCGUGACUCCAAGUGUGGUAUUAAGGUUUUCACGGUUCUUAACAGUAUUACUAUAUCCCUAGGUUAUUCCACUAUUUUUUGUUUAUUAUUUUAUUUUGACAUUUUGGAAUAAUCUUAAAAUUCACAUGAACUACAACAGACAAAAAUAAUUGUGCAACUGUAAUGACCAAUUCAUUUCCUUUUAUGUGAGUUUUUAUAUUUCCAUUAAUUGCUGUAGCAUAAUGUUUAUAUAUAUAUAUAUA